UUGAACAUCUGUACCAUGUGGGUUAAAAGCGGGUAAGACAGGCUUUCGGGCCCAAUUAUAUGUGGGUCUGAAUUACAAUAGCACCUUAAAAGCCUUAAACCCUAGACACAACAUCUUCACGCCGCAGUUCCAUCUUCCAGCAUUUUCCUACGGAGAGAGAGAGGUGAAAAUGAGUCGUGCAGCAGCUCCAAAGGGAAAGAAGAAGGGAGUUUCCUUUACCAUAGAUUGUUCUAAGCCUGUUGAUGACAAGAUCAUGGAGAUUGCUUCCUUAGAGAAGUUUCUCCAGGAGAGGAUUAAGGUUGGUGGCAAAGCUGGUGCUCUCGGUGAUACUGUCUCAAUCACUCGUGACAAGAACAAGAUCACAGUCACCUCUGAUGGCCAGUUCUCCAAGAGAUACCUCAAGUACUUGACAAAGAAGUACCUGAAGAAGCACAAUGUCAGAGAUUGGCUCAGAGUGAUUGCAGCCAACAAGGACCGUAACCUCUAUGAGUUGAGGUACUUCAACAUUGCUGAGAACGAAGCUGAGGAAGAAGACUAAAUAAACCAAGAUUUUUUCUGAUCAUCUCUUCAUCUUAGUUGGUUUUUGAUUCUACUACAAUUAUCUCUGUUCUGGUUAGAUACUAUCUAGUUUGGUUGAAGGGAUACGUUUUGGUUUGUUACUGCGCAUUUGAGCUUCUAUGGAGUCUUGUUUUUUUUUUUCCAGACAGUUAUUUCGGUUAACCGAGUGGAGUUCGCAAAUGUUUCGUUCCAAAAUUUAUUUUGUU